GCCUCCUCCUUGUGGCGGCCAUUUUGCUGCUCUCGGGCGUGCCAGGGCGGGACCGAAGUGACGGAACUGUCAAGGCGCUGGAGUUGUCCCCCCCGGCAGAGAGGCGGGUCCGCGGCUGGCUACGCCGCCCGGGCUGCCCCGCACGUGGGCCAGGACAGGGACCGUCGGCCCCGGUGUUCGCCCCGCACCCCGAGUCCGAUGGCUGCGGCCGUGCCCAGGGCCCCGGCGCAGGAUAGUGUGACCUUUGAGGACAUUGCUGUGUACUUUUCCUGGGAGGAGUGGAGGCUCCUUGAUGAGGCUCAGAGAUUCCUGUACCAUGAUGUGAUGCUGGAGAACUUUGCACUUAUAUCCUCACUGGGUUGCUGCUGUGGAGCAGAGGAUGUGGAGGCACCUUGUGAACAGAGCAUUUCUGUAGGUGUGUCACAGGACAGAACGCCCAGGGCAGCUCUGACUUUCCGGAAGACCCACCCCUGUGAGAUGUGUGGUCCAGUCUUGAGAGACAUUUUCCACUUGGCUGAGCACCAAGGAAAAGAAAACAGCCAGAAACUGUUGAGGUGCGGGGCAUGUACAAAAAGAUUUUAUUUCAGCAUAAAGUUUCAACAGCAGCAGGAGGAGCAUGUGGGAGAGAAACUGUUGAGAAACAGUGUGGACAGGGCCUCUUUUGUGAAGAGUUGCGGAAUCUUUGAUUCAGGAAAGCCCUUUACCUGUGGAGAGGUUGAGAAGGACUUCUUGCCUGGCUCAGGGCAUCUGCAGCAAGAGGCCACUCAUGCUGGGGAGAAGCCAAACACAAUCACACAGUGCAGGGGAACUUUACAAAGCAGAAAAAGUCAUUACACCUGGGGAGAAUGCAAGAAGGACUUUGGUCCAAAACACACACUUGUUCAGGACCACUGUUUUGUAUGCAGUGAAUGUGGGAAAACAUUCAGGUACAAGUCUUCAUUUGCUAUACACCAGAGAUUCCAUACUGGAAAAAGACAUCAUGAGUUUGGUGAAUGUGAAAAAUCCCUUCGGCAAAGCUCAACCCUCAGUCAACAUGGAAAGACUCACACUGGGUCCAGGCAAUACAAGUGUAGCAAAUGUGGGAAGUCCUUUUGCCACAAAUCUGUCCUCAUUCAUCCCCAGAGAUGGCAUAAUGGAGAAAAUGUGUGCAGUGAAUGUGCAGAGUCUUUUAGCCAUAGCUCAGUGUUGAUUCCAUGUAGAGUUCAAACUGGAGAGAGGCCUUAUAAGUGUAAUGACUGUGCAAAAUCUUUUACCUCUGUCUCUGCCCUCAGUUAUCAUCAGAGAUCUCACACAGGAGAAAGGCCUUAUGAGUGCAGUGAAUGUGGGAAAUCUUUUAUCUCUAGGUCUGACCUCCGUUAUCAUCAGAGAGUUCAUUCUGGAGAAAGGCCUUAUGAGUGCAGUGAAUGUGGGAAAUCUUUUAUCACUCGUACUGCUCUCCGUUAUCAUCACAGAGUUCACACUGGAGAAAGGCCUUAUGAGUGUAGUGAAUGUGGCAAAUCCUUUACUCGAAGAAAUAACCUCAUUAUACAUCUAAGAGUUCACUCAGGUGAAAGACCUUAUGAGUGUAGUGAAUGUGGGAAAUCUUUUACCUUUAGCUCCAGCCUGCGUUAUCACCACAGAGUUCACACUGGAGAAAGACCUUAUGAAUGUAGUGAAUGUGGGAAAUCUUUUAACAAUAGGUGGACACUCAUUCGACACCGAAGAAUUCACACAGGAGAAAAGCCUUAUGUGUGCAGUAAAUGUGGGAAGUCUUUUACUUGUAGCUCUACUCUCCAGUAUCAUCAUCGAGGUCAUCUUGGAGAAAGACCUUAUGAGUGUAAUGAAUGUGGGAGAUCUUUUACCACUAGUUCUGCCCUCCGUUAUCACCAGAGAGUUCAUACUGGAGAAAGGCCUUAUGAGUGCAGUGAAUGUGGGAAAUCUUUCAUUUCUAGGUCUGACCUGCAUUAUCAUCAUAGAGUUCAUUCUGGAGAAAGGCCUUAUGAGUGUAAUGAAUGUGGGAAAUCCUUUAUCCGAAGAAAUAACCUCAUUUUACAUCAGAGAGUUCACACAGGAGAAAGGCCUUACAAGUGUAGUGAAUGUGGGAAAUCUUUUAAUAAUAGGUGGACACUUAUUCAACACCAGAGAGUUCACACAGGAGAAAAACCAUAUGUGUGCAGUGAAUGUGGGAAAUCUUUUACCUGCAGCUCCACACUUUGUUACCAUCAGAGAGUUCAUGAAGGUAAAAGGCCUUAUGAAUGCAGUGAGUGUGGGAAAUCCUUUACCUCCAGUUCUACUCUCCGUUAUCAUCAGAGAGUUCACACAGGAGAAAGGCCUUACAAAUGCAGUGAAUGUGGGAAAUCUUUUACCUUUAGUGCCAGCCUUCGUUAUCAUCACAGAGUUCACAGUGGAGAAAGGCCUUAUGAGUGCACUGAAUGUGGGAAAUCCUUUAAAGAUAGAUCACAAUUCAAUAAACACCAGAGAACUCACACGGGUGAAAGACCUUACGAGUGCAGUGAAUGUGGGAAGACUUUUAGCCAAAAAUCUUCUCUGUCAAUACACCAGAGAAUUCAUAAUAGUGAACGAUCUUAUGAGUGUAGUGCUUGUGGGAAAUCUUUUACAUCUAUCUCUGGCCUUGGUUAUCAUCAUAGAGUUCAUAAGGGAGAAAAGCCUUAUCAGUGUAGUGAAUGUGGGAAAUCUUUUACCAAUAGCUCAAUACUGAUUCGACACCAGAGAGUUCACACAGGAGAAAGACCUUAUGUGUGCAGUGAAUGUGGGAAAUCUUUUACCAGUAGCGCUACCCUUUCUUAUCAUCAGAGAGUUCAUGCAGGUAAAAGGCCUUAUGAAUGCAGUGAAUGUGGGAAGUCUUUUACCUCCAGUUCCACUCUCCGUUAUCAUCAGAGAGUUCAUGCAGGAGAUAGGCCUUAUGGGUGUAGUGAAUGUGGGAAAUCUUUUAUCUCUAGCUCCAAACUACGUUAUCAUCAGAGAGUUCACACUGGAGAAAGGCCUUAUGAGUGCAGUGAAUGUGGAAAAUCCUUCAGGGAUAGUUCACAAUUCAGUCAGCACCGGAGAGGUCACACUGGAGAAAGGCCUUAUGAGUGUGGUGAAUGUGGGAAAUUUUUUACAAGAAAAUCUACACUCUCUCAACAUCAGAGAGUUCACACUAGAGAGAAGCCUUAGGUGUGCAGGGAAUGUGCAAUUUCCUAUUCACUAUAACAACACUGGAGGGAACUCUGAGGAGCCAUCUCUCUGAACUAAAACUCAGCUAAACAUGCAGUGGUAUAUUCCUUGUAAGUUUUAGUUCUGUAAUAAACUUGUGUAAAUAUGUUGCACUUUCUAAACCGUCCAGGGCUCUUUUCCAGAUUUAGCUCACUGCUAGAUUUUGUAGCCAAAGCCUUUUCACCUCUCCCACUUCGGAGGUCUACAAAGUGUGCAUCAGUCACCACUACAAUGUAUUCAGGGAAGCUGACCUUUGUUCUCCCAUGAUUUAGAACAAAUUAGAAGUAACCUGAGCCCUGAGGGAUCAGCUUUCCUGUCUCCUUAACUACCUUAGGCAUGGACCUGAAUCAGUGAUGACCCAGAGAAAAUGAGUUUGGCUGGCAGCUUACAGAGAAUGACUACCUUUUUUCAGGGACAUGUUGGUCUCCUGUGACGCGAUGUUUUUCCAGCUUCCCAGUGAAACAGUAACUACUGCACAUUGCUUUGGCUUAUGUGAUGUUCAAGGCCUUACUUUUUAAGUCUUAAUUUUGGAUGUUCUGCUUACUGUUUGGGGUAGUUUAUAAAUGGAUCUGGGCUCAACAAGCAGUACUGGGUGAGCUUUUUAGGAGUCUCAAAUUGUGCUUGAGGAGGGAGAGGAGGAUGGCAGAAAAUAGCUUGCCAGUGUUGAUCAAAUGUGCAUUGCUGCCCCACAGCCUCUGAAAAACUGCAGGGCUUUCUGGUUUUCAUUUGAAAUCCUAGAUGCUUCGUGUUUUAGGAGUCUCAGUGAUUGGGACGCCUGGGUGGCUCAGCAGUUGAGUGUUUGCCUUUGGCUUACAGUGUGGUCCUGGAGUCCUGAGAUCGAGUCCCACAUGGGGCUCCCUGCUUGGAGCCUGCUUCUCCCUCUGCCUAUGUCUCUGUCUCUCUGUCUCAUGAAAAAAUAAAAUCUUAAAAAAAAAAAAAAAAGAUGACUCAAGGAGGAGGCAAGUGUGAGACCCUCAGGUGCUUCUGAAAGCAGCAUAAAUUUUUUCUCCUUACUCAAAGGAGACAUCACAGGGGAUGUCAGCACUGUUGAGUUAUCUUCCCUAGCUUUACAAACAGCCAUGUGCCCUGAUGUCCACAGCCUAAUUGGGCUAGGGUCACUGGUUGUAAGAUCACAGGGGGCAGGGGAAACCAUAAUUGCUACAGAAACACUGCUUAAUAGGAAGUAGAGGAGACCGCAGCCAACUAGAUGGAAUAUGCCUCUUCUAAAAAUGGAUCCGGACACGUUUCUGUAACAGUGAUUUUGCAAGGUUAGUGUGUACACAAAUCUCAGGACCUCCAGGUAUGAUUAUCUUGUGUUAGGUAUAGUUAUUGUUAGAGAAAAAAAUAAAAACUAAAAUAAUCCAAAGGUUCUGUGGUUUCCUCUCUGUGAUGUCUGCUUCAAAGCCACUACCACUGAGUCAGGGGAAAAAAAGAUAAAGGGUAAUCUAUAUUCCUGGAAUAUGACACUUGUGACCCAGGAAGCAUUCCUGUUGACUUGUAUGGAAAUACUCUGUUGUUCUCCACAUUUGCUGCCACUAAGGUAAUACCCCAUAGGCAUGAGAAAGAGGGAUGGAAUCGGUGUGGGGUGGCCAAACCAAUUUCCCAAAAAGAGUGGGACAUAGACAUUUUGAGCCAUUUUUAAAGCUUUGUUAAGUAAGGCAUAGUUUAUAUUUUCUAGCCUGCAUGUAUUUACCGUGUGAUUUGGUAAAUUUUGACAUAGUUAUGAACUUCUGAAACCAUCAUCAUAGUCCUGUUAAUAACUUUAUCUGUCACAUGUUUACCUCCUGUUCUUUUAUAAUCUCCCCUGCCCCUCCUACUUCUCCAGGUAACUACUGAUUUACUUGCUUUUACAAUAGAUGGAUAGUUUUGAAUUUUUUAAAUUUAUGUUUGGUAUUGAUACUGUUUUGAUUUUUUGUUUUUAUUGAAAAUUACUUUGAGAUUCAUCAGUGAUAUAUGAGUAGUGGGUUUUUUGUUUUUUGUUUUUUUGCUGAGUAAUAUUUUUGGAUAUACCAGUUUAUCCAUUUAUCUGUGUUUGAGGAUUUGGUUUAUUUCUAGAUUCUGACUAUUGAAGGUAAAGCUAGUGUAAACAUCUGUGUUCUUUAUGUGAAUGUAUGUUUCUUUGAUGUUUUGUCAGUAACUUAGUGUAUAAUGUCUGGGUCAUAGAGUAGGUAAAUGUUUUACUUUUUGAUUGUAUCGUUUGCCUUUUCCCAGCAGUGUAGGAGUUCCAGUUCAUCCACAUUCUGAACAUUUGGUUUGGCUAAUUAUUUAAUUUUAGGCCUUUUAAUAAGUUUUUAGUGUUAUGUUAUUUUGUUUUAAUUACAUUUCUGUAAGGAUUCACAAUCAUUUUUUCCAAUGCUUAUUUACUGUCUACACCUUUGGUAAAAUGCAUGUACCUUUUUCCUA